AUGGAAUGCAACGAAUCGGUUGCACAUUCCAGCGAAUUUCAACAACAUUCAUUCGCUAAGAAGAGUUUUAGUAAAUAUCACUCCAAUAAUGAACAAAAUUAUUCAACUAAUUUAUGCGCUGUGCAACAUAUGGUGUCACAUGUUCCACUUGGUCCAAUAUCAUCAUACUAUGAUGAUCACGGUGAGAUACUACAUAUGGGAGUGACUGUGAUGAUUAUGGCUCCUGAAAAAUAUAAAGAGAUUGUCAAAACAAAAAUGUUGUUUGAACCAUUUCCGAUACCUUACAAGUCUACCCGGGACGAACUUCUUAAUGAGAUAUUAAAACAGAGCCGAGUUGAAACAGAUAAAUCAGGCCAACUAGAUGAAGAUGAAUGCAGCAUUGCCCUAUUAACUCUAUUUAAAUAUAUUGAUGAUGGACAAAAUUCACUAAAUGCUGAUAUACUUCUUCCAAUUGCUUAUGAGCAAGGUGAUGAUCAAAAUUCACGAGAUGCUAAUAUACUUCCAAUUGUUUAUAAACAAGGUGAUGAUCAAAAUAAUGAAUAUUAUACAGAGAGAGAUUUUCGAACAUUAAUUAUCGAUACACUAGCUGAACAUAUACGUAUUCAUACAUUUGAUUAUCCGAAUGAUCCGAAGCCACCGUCGAUUCGCAACAUGAGCAAAAGAAUCGAAAGAAUCUCGAAUAGAAUUGAAAAAAUACGAACAGAUGAUCUCCAUCGAAGCAGUAACGAGUCCCCAAAUCCAUUUUCAUUAAAGAGAAUUCUUCAAUACAUCGGACUUUUUGUUUUAUAUAUUUUUGGUCUACCGGUCGUCGUUUUUCGUGCCAUAUUCAAAAAUUACCCAAAAAAUAAUAUUAAAGGAAAAAAUAUGGUUAUUCAACAUUUGCUUAUCAUUCUUCUGUCGAUUAUUGGUGCAUUAGUGGCAUGUAUUAUCUAUUUGAUUAUAGUCAAUGUUGCUUUGUUUCAUAUCUUUCAUGACGAUAACGUUGAUUGGCAUGUCAGUUCACUUGAAGCUUAUUGGCCGUUUGCAUUGAUGAUUGGUAUUGUCUGCAUUGUUUAUAUCUAUCGAUCUCCUUUUGAAAUGAAAUCUGACUACAGAAAGAAUCAGCAACUGCAAGAAAACUAUGAUGAAGCUGAAUUGGAUUUUCUUAAACACAAAGCUGUAGUGAAUAUGCCUGAGCCUGACAAAUACCAGAGUAUGACAGUGGCAGAAUUAGAACGAAUUCAAGGGAACUCAACAGUGGCAACAAAUGAAUUCAAUGAAAAUCUUAAUAACCAAUUGGUGAAAAAAGUUCGCAAGGGAUUCAUUGAUUUUUGCCGAAAACAAGAGAAAAACUCGUGGUGGAUGAUCUUAUUGCAAGUGGUCGGACUCAUUGUUGUUCUUGGUAUUGCAGUAGCACGUGCAUGCGUACCAACAAUUUAUCGUAAAUAUAAUCGUGAAUACACGUAUCCGAACACGACAAAACCAUUCCAGGUUGAACUUAUUAAUGACUGCUAUUAUGUUUUUGGUCUUCCUCUCUAUUUCAUAUACCUGUUAAUGAUUGUAUAUGGAUAUUACUUAUACUAUGGUUACUACAAUAAGCUCAAGCACGUUUUACAACAACCGACUAAUAAUAAUGAAUAUAAUGUUGCACGAAAGAGUGAUAAUAAAUACUAUUUGGAUUUAAGACGUCAAUAUAGUCUUGAACUUUUCAUCGUCCAGUUACGCCAUGUUACCAAACGGAAAGAUAAGCUCGAAUACCAACUUGCCAUGGCUAGCAUUGGUGGUGGAGUCAUUUUUACUCUAAUUCUGGGUGUUGUUGCUAUUGUUCAACUGAUUUAUUAUCAACCUGGUGGCCUUCCAACAUUAACAACUCUUCUAGGAAUAAUUGAUAUGGGUAUUAUGAUGGUUCUUGUUAUUAUUUUUCUAUUCAAUGUUGUCGUUAUCAAUACUGCUUUGGCAAAUGUAGAAGUGUUACUCUUGCGUACGAAAAAGGAAGCAUUCGUACAAUCGACAAAACGUACAACGCUAAACAAAGAUUGGAAUAUUGAGUACUUGAGUGCCGUGAUUGAACAAUUUUCUGCCGAUAUGAAAUCUUAUGCCGUAACUGUCUUUGGAUUUGUCAUUGAUAAAUCAUUGGUCUUCAAAGUUGCAUCAAUAAUGAUAGGUUCCUUAGCUUCACAUCUAAUGUUGUUUCUUAAAAAGAAAAGUAAAAUGGAAUAA